CUGACGCUUUGCCGACGAAUUGUGUGUGUGCUAAGCAUAAGAUAACGUGCAUAAGUGAGCAUACGAGAGACGGGUAGAUUAUAGGCAAAAGAAACGGGCAGAGGGAAAUGUGCAGUGCGCUCUAAGCCAGCCAGAUGAGCUGCAUCUCAUAAUGGGUAUCCAUGCGACGACAUGAGGAUCUCUGACAACCUGCCAGUACAGUGUUCUUCAUGUGAAAUACAACCUGCUUCGCGUUUCUAAACGAAUAUUCUGUCGUGCGGAGGAGUCCUGUUUUAUUUGAAGAAGAAUUUGAAAGCCUCCAGAGCAUCAGAAUCCACCAUGAAUCCUAUGUCUCAUCUAUAUUACAAAAAGUCCAGUUACUCUCCGUAUCGGGACCGGAUCCCACUGCACAUAGUUCGGGCAGAAGUGGAGCUCUCUCAAGAAGAGCGAGCGUUCCUCUCAGCUGUGGAGAAAGGUGACUAUGCUGGAGUUAAGCAUGCCUUGCAAGAGGCCCAGGUCUACUACAACAUAGACAUGAACUGCGUGGAUCCGCUUGGUCGGAGUGGCCUGUUAAUUGCCAUCGAGAACGAGAAUCUGGAGGUAAUGGAGCUGCUUCUGGAUCAUGGGGUGAACACAGGGGACGCACUGCUCUAUGCCAUCCGCAAAGAAGUGGUUGGAGCGGUGGAGCUACUGUUGUCUCAUAGAAGACCAAGUGGAGAAAAACAGGUACCAUCUCUAAUGAUGGAUGCCCAGUUUUCAGAAUUUACACCCGACAUCACUCCCAUCAUGCUCGCUGCCCACACAAACAACUACGAGAUCAUCAAGCUGCUGCUCCAGCAUAAAGUCACAAUUCCCAGGCCGCACCAGAUCCGUUGUGAUUGCGUGGAGUGCGUCUCCAGCUCAGAGGUGGACAGUCUCCGCCACUCGCGAUCCCGCCUCAACAUCUACAAAGCCCUGGCCAGCCCAUCACUCAUCGCACUUUCCAGUGAGGAUCCCAUCCUCACAGCAUUCCGACUGGGCUGGGAAUUGAAAGAGCUCAGCAAAGUAGAGAAUGAAUUUCGACAAGAGUACGAGGAGCUUUCCCAGCAGUGUAAACUUUUUGCCAAGGACCUGCUGGACCAGGCACGGAGCUCUCGUGAACUUGAGACCAUCCUCAACCACCGUGAUGACCAGAGCGAGGAACUGGAUCCACGAGAGUGCCGAGACCUAGCCAAGCUGAAACUGGCCAUCAAGUACCACCAGAAAGAGUUCGUGGCUCAGCCAAACUGCCAGCAGCUGUUGGCAACCCUCUGGUACGACGGCUUCCCAGGAUGGCGACGCCGACACUGGGCCGUCAAGCUGGUCAUGUGCAUCAUCAUUGGCCUCCUCUUCCCGGUCUUCUCACUGGUCUAUCUGCUGGCUCCAAAAAGCUCACUGGGCUUCUUCAUUAAGAAACCCUUCAUCAAAUUCAUCUGCCACACUGCCUCUUACCUCACCUUCCUCUUCCUCCUACUGCUUGCCUCCCAGCACAUUGCACGCACCAACCUCAACAUUCAGGGCCCUCCACCUACCGUGGUGGAGUGGAUGAUACUUCCCUGGGUGCUAGGGUUUAUCUGGGCUGAGAUUAAGGAGAUGUGGGAUGGAGGUUUUACUGAAUAUGUACAUGACUGGUGGAAUCUUAUGGACUUUGCUAUGAACUCUCUCUACUUAGCUACCAUCUCACUAAAGAUUGUUGCUUAUAUUAAGUAUAACAGUUCACGUCCACGUGAGGAGUGGGAGAUGUGGCACCCAACGCUGAUCGCCGAGGCGCUGUUCGCCAUUGCCAAUAUCUUCAGCUCGCUGCGACUCAUCUCGCUGUUCACGGCCAACUCACACCUGGGCCCGCUGCAGAUCUCGCUGGGCCGUAUGCUUCUGGACAUCCUCAAGUUCCUCUUCAUUUACUGCCUGGUCCUGUUGGCCUUCGCCAACGGCCUCAACCAGCUCUACUUCUACUACGAGACACAGGCGGCCGAUGAGCCAAACCACUGCAAGGGCAUCCGCUGUGAGAAACAGAACAAUGCCUUCUCUACGUUAUUUGAAACCCUUCAGUCGCUGUUCUGGUCCAUAUUUGGCCUGCUGAACCUAUAUGUCACCAAUGUGAAAGCAAGGCACGAGUUCACGGAGUUCGUUGGUGCCACCAUGUUUGGCACAUACAACGUCAUUUCGCUGGUGGUGCUCCUCAAUAUGCUCAUUGCUAUGAUGAACAACUCUUACCAGCUCAUUGCUGACCACGCUGACAUCGAGUGGAAGUUCGCCAGGACCAAGCUGUGGAUGAGUUAUUUUGAUGAGGGCGGCACACUUCCACCUCCGUUCAAUAUCAUUCCAAGCCCAAAGUCAGCCUGGUACCUCUGCCUUUGGGUGCACAGGCGGCUGUGCAGGACAGGCGAUUCCCCGCAGGACGACAAUAAACAUGAGAACCUCAAGGAUUUAACAGAAAAGCAUGCGGACAGGAUUAUUCAAAAUAAACAGUAUCAGGAGGUGAUUCGCAAUCUAGUGAAGAGAUAUGUAGCAGCUAUGAUCCGUAGCGCAAAGACGAACGAAGGACUAACUGAGGAGAAUUUUAAGGAGCUGAAGCAGGACAUCUCUAGUUUUCGCUAUGAAGUUUUGGAUCUUCUCGGGAACCGCAAGCCACCGCGUCGUACGUACUCUUCAAGCAGUGACGCUACGCUUCAAGAUGAUGCCAGCGACGACGGUGACACCACCGGCAGCAGAGCCAGGGCCGUGUCCUUCAAACGGGUUCCGUCGUCAGAUGUCCCGCGCGGCAUCUCAGCCCUUAUUCACUCCAUCUCUGGCAUGGAUUUCCCAAUGGUGACCACGGCAAUAACUCCGCUGCACACGGAGGACAGACCAAAGAUCAAUGGGCUGAGGAAAAUCCCCUCACCCUGCUCUUCCACUUCCUCAGCGACUGGUGCCAGGCCGGCCCCCUCGAGUACGUGGAGCCGGUUGGGGCGAUUUCCCAGUUCUGGGAAGAACUCCUUCAGACAGCUGGGGCUCCUGUUUUCACGCAUGGGCACUCGACUCCCCCAGCCUGCUGGCGUCACUACUGCCACUUACACUAUCUCAGAUGGACUGCUCCGCCCACCGGGGGCAUGGCAUGACCUGGGUUUCACACGUGGUGAUGGUCCGGUCACGCGGAGCGAGACCAGUCUCAAUCAUGCAGAUGGGCCCACCACAGAUGGCUGUGGUGAUGUUCCCAGGACAACCAACAGACAGAGAACCGGUGGGAGGGAUGUUCUUUUGACUAUGGGGCCCCUGCCUACAUCCAAUUCGCUACACUGUGCUUCCAGUUUCUCUGCCUCUAGUUCUCAUCUCCUAGACUCAAAUGAGGAUGUGUUUCAGGGAUUGGUCGGGCCUUGUGACAGACACACAACAGUAUCCACCUACUGUGAGGUGGAGUAUGAUGACUCGGUGACCACACAGCUCUAGUAUCGCAAGCAUGCACUUGAUGAAUGCACUUUAAUAAUAACAAUAAUAUCUGUUGAUACCAAUAACAAUGACUUUCCUAAUAAGAACAGCAACUUUUUAUUUGAACUGCUGGGAUUUUUUCAUGGAUAUGUGUGGCUUGUGGAUAAGUGAAUGCGUUUUUAGUAAACUCUAGUAAACAUUAUUCUUAUACAAAAAUAUGAACAGCAAGAAUAUAGAAGGGACAAGGAAUGUUAUUAUCAGCAAACUUUAAAUUGUUAACAAUAACUAUGUGAGCAUCUACUGUCUGGUCACAGCACUUCUUGCAAGUAAUAAAGCAUUGAACUUUUUCAAAUUAUUUAGUUUUAAACAUGCAUGCACACAGUGUACACACACACUGUCCAACCUCUCGCAUAUAUGUAUAAACACACCACACAUAAACACAUGCUUAAGAAUGUUCUUUUGAUAUACACAUAAAGAAUCAAAAUAAAAUCACAUUACAAAAUUGACAAGCAUUAUUUUGUAGUCAAUGAGCAAAGCUGACUUUGUUUUUGAGAGUGACUGAAACUUGAUGGACUUGCCUCAUACUGAUAAAAUCAGUGAAAAUGAGGCAUGCAAAUUAGCAAGGAAGCUUCUAAGCCUUAGACCAGUAUACAGGCUAUAUACCACUAUAGAGGUUAAAGUGUAUUGGUAAGGUACACUUUAAUCUUAAAUUUGGAACCAAUGCUGCCAAGAUCAAAUACAACUUUGGAAUAGGUUUUUUAAUUGUUUUCUUUUAUAAAUUAUAAUCACUUUUAUAAUUUUACCUGACCAUAGGUGGGGACUCUUCACCCAUUUGCAAUUACUAAUUAAAACAAGAAGAAAAGAGAACCAUCAUGUCCAACAAACAAAUGUUGUGAAUACACUAGUUGUCCCCUAAUCUUGGUCUAGGAAACUGGCCCUACAUUAGCUUUUAAUCUUUCUUCUCUUUAUUUAAUUUUCAUUUAAUUCUCCAAAUUAAUUUGAUUUUCUAAAUUGUAGCAACCUUCUGUUUGAGAGGGACUGGUAUUUGAGAGUGAAUGGUAUUAUUCAAACCUACAGUCAGACUUAAAAAUAUAUAGAUUUUAUUUUCACAUAUUAAUUUUAAUGCAUAAUUAGUAAAUGUGCUGGUUAAACUUUCUGUAAAGCUGCUUUGUGAUAAUGUCUAUUGUAGAAAGUGCUGAACAAUUAAACUUGAACUGAGCUAGUGAAAUGAUACAGUGUGCAUUUGAACAACACAGAUGUUAGGGAUUCUGUGAUCUACAAAGUCAUCUGCACAAGACAAGCCCUGGAGUAUUAAAUCAAUAGAUUUUCACAAAUAUGCCUGAAAUCUGCACAAGAGCACUCACAUUUUUGCUAUAGCAUGAUCAGAUCAGAGUUUUUGCAUGACUCUAAUGUUGUUUGGGUGGAAUAGAAUUAACAUUUAUAGUCUUGAGUAAUCUGUAAAAUACACUCUGGAUUUCAAGUUAUUUGCUUUAUCAAUAAAACGCUGCGAUUUUAAA